GGAAGUGCUUCAUUGGUGGUGUAACAUCAUAGGCGAGCCGUGCUUUCAUCGAAGUUGCCAGCUCGUUAGUCGUCUGGUCGCCAGAUAUGCUUUCUAAAACCAUUGGUUGAUGUAAGGUAUGAAUUGUAGCGUUUUAACUGACGUUUCCACCCAUUGACCCAAGAACGGACGGGCCGCCUGUAUGCUAUCUAACAUGCUAACGUUAGCUAGCAUUUCCUUGAGAGUCGAUAGGAUUGCUUGAUAUAUUUUUGCACGGUUACCGACUGGCAUAGACAAACCAACAGUGUGACUGAAAUAACCGUUUCUGCCCAGCAUUUGUUCAUAACGUCACUGUGCUUGUGCUGUAGAAGAGGAAUCGGUUUUGUAUUUUACUAGUCCAUUUGGCUAGAUAGUUAGCUACCCAAGGCCAGAUAGGCAUUACGUUUAAGGAAAGCGGUCAUCAUCAUGGCCAGUAUUGACGUGAGUACAAGCAAAGAUGGAUCUGUCAACGGGCACACGUCAUGGGCUUGCAAAUCACAGGAGUGCCAACUCUCUGACAUCCUUCUCCCAGUACAGUCAAGUAUCAACACUGACAUCAGUCAGAUCGACAGAGACACACCAAACGGGUGUGUUCCAGUGCUCCUGGAGCAGGUUGAGCAGGGGUCUCCGUGUGUCAUCACCCUGUGCUGUGCACCCCACUGCCCUGCCCUCAUCACCAGCCUGCUGGUGACCAGCGAGGCCCGCACAAUCGAGGUCUACUCCCAGGCUGGGGACUACUGUGGCACCAGUCGCGGGGAAACAGACCCCAACACACAGCCUGACAGUGCAGAGAGGGGACCCUUCUACAGGAAACACUUCAUAUUGGAGUCCCCUGCCGCAUCAUGUGAGGUGAAGCUGCUGUCUCUUGGUGGGCGAGGGAGCGUGGCUGUGGCUCGGGUCGUGUUGGGCCUACAGACACUGACACCUGUGGACUGCUCUCUGAGCCUGGGGCCCAGCAUCGACAUGCUCCGUGUGCAGUCUAUGGUGGACGAGAUGGGCGCCAGCCUCUCACCGGGUGCCCAGAGCCUCAUGAACAUGGUCCAGUUUCAGCAGAAGAACAAAGCUGACUCACUGAGUGGGUUUCUGCCCCUCCUCGUGAGCAGUGGGGCUCUCUCUGCUCUUGCUAGAGUAACUAACGGACCCUCUUCAGCUCCAGCUGACAUCCAACACCCCUCAGUCAACACUAGCCUCCAGCCAGAUGAGAUGUCUGACUCUGCCUCCUCAGAACCAUGGCCCCAGUCUCGUGCAGCCUGCGAUACUCACACCGGCCUGGCAGACAUGAUGUCACCCUUUCUUAACGGCCAGCCAGGAGGACGGAGGCCAUGCAUCAGCCCUGACUUGCUCCCUAUGCUGCAGAGUGUGUGUGGGCAGGUGACGCAGCUCCGCAUCGAGGAUGCCUCAAAGACAUCCAACGGCCCGCGGCAGGAGCAUGCAUGCUGCAGAGUGCUGGAGCAGGUCCUGGAGAGAUGUCUGGGCGAGAUGGAGAGGAGGCUGAUGGAACACAUGGACCAGCGACUGGAUGCCAUGCAGUUGCGCCUGGAAACGGCCUUACUGCAGACCCUGGCCCUUCCCCUUAACCACCUCAAGACCACAGCACCCACGCCUGACCAGCCUCAGGCCCUGCACUAACUCCAUCCCAACUCCGGCCUCUACCCAAGCCACAGCCCCUGCCACAUCCCCUACCCAAGCCACAGCCCCUAUCCUCUACCCAAGCCACAGCCCCUGCCACAUCCUCUACCCAAGCCACAGCCCCUGCCACAUCCUCUACCCAAGCCACAGCCCCUGCCACAUCCUCUACCAAAGCCACAGCCCCUGCCACAUCCUCUACCCAAGCCACAGCCCCUGCCACAUCCUCUACCCAAGCCACAGCCCCUGCCACAUCCUCUACCCAAGCCACAGCCCCUGCCACAUCCUCUACCCAAGCCACAGCCCCUGCCACAUCCUCUACCCAAGCCACAGCCCCUGCCACAUCCUCUACCCAAGCCACAGCCCCUGCCGCAUCCCCUACCCAAGCCACAGCC